AAUGUCAUGUUCGAAACGAUGUGGCAACUACGUUCUCCAUAGACGUCAAACAGCUGUCAUAACUGAGUGCCGUGAAUUUUUCACUUAGAACCGUUUGCAUUUCAGUUGCUAAAAAUAUAACACUUCCAACAAAAUGAUGAACCUAUCCAGAGCCGUUGUGCGCAGCUUUGCCACCACUAGUUCUCGUCGUGCAACUGCAACCAGCAAGGAUCAGAUCGCAAAGGGUUACUUUGAAAUCCGCAAAGUGCAGGAGCAUUUCCAGAAGAAGGAUGGCAAGCCUGUUUUCCUCAAGGGAUCCACUGUCGAUAGUGUGCUCUAUCGCAUCACCAUGGCGCUGGCCCUCGUCGGACUUGGUGGCAUUGGCAAGCUCUUCUAUGAGCUCAGUGUGCCCCAGAAGCAGGAAUAAUGCGCUCGCUAUAUAGUCAACCUUUUAAGCUUAAGCCAUAACCAGCAAAUCCGCUAAAUAAUCAACCCCCCCGGCACAUUUGUUGCAGCGUAGUUAACUUAUAUUUCUGUGUUUUCAUAGUAGGUGAAUCCGCAAACCUGAUGUCCAACUUCCUGGCUUGUUCUGUGUGUUAAUACUAACUAACUAAGUUUAAAUUGUAACUGAACAUUCGCAAAUGCAUUUGAAGCGUGGAAAUAUAAGAACUUAGCUGUAAACUGUUGGAAAACUACAACAAA